AUGCCCGCACCCGCACCCGCACCCGCACCCGCACCCGCACCCACCCCCCUAAAAAUCGGCGUCCUCCUCUUCCCCGGCUUCCAACUGCUCGACUACGCCGGCCCCAUGGACGCCUUCAACAUCCUCUCCCUCAGCCACCCCCUCACCCUCUGCACAAUCGCCUCCACCCUCGCCCCGGUGCCCACCCACAACAGCGGCCAAACCGCCACGGGCUCUUCAAUCAGCCAAUCCGUUGUGCCGACGCACACGCUCGACACGGCGCCCCGCGACAUCGAUGUGCUGCUUAUCCCGGGUGGGAUCGGGGCGCGCGAUGUGGAGAAUGAGGAGGUGUUGGCGCGGUGUGUGGAGUGGUUGGGGGAGAGGGGGGUUGGGGGGGAAGGGGGACCGAGGUGGGUUCUGACGGUUUGUACGGGGAGUGAAGUUUUGGCGCGGACGGGGGUGUUGGCUGGGAGGCGGGCGACGACGAAUAAACGGGCUUUUAAUCAGGUCAAAGCCAAACACCCUCAAGUCAACUGGGUGGCCAAGGCGAGAUGGGUCGUCGACGGCAAUGUCUGGACGAGUUCGGGCAUCAGCGCUGGGAUCGAUUUGGCGUUUGCAUGGAUGGCCGAGGUGUUUGGCGAGGAGAUGGCGGCAUUUGUGGCGGAUCGAUCCGAGUACGAGAGAAAUGUGGAUGCGGGGAAUGAUCGGUUUGCAGCGCGUUGGGGCGCCGAGUGA